UUGCAGCUUUUCUCUCUUCAACUAAAUUAACUGAAACCAACACCGAAAUUACCAGAAAGCCCCUACUUUCUUUCUUUCUUUCUUUCUGAGUUUGGCUCGCUACCCGAGACAAAGUUCGGAACCCCCCACCAAAAUUGCGCUCCCCCCUUUCACAAACACGUUUUUGGCUCCAGUCACAAGCCUUGGCAUUGGCAUGCCUUAACAGUAACUAACACCCCCCGUAUUUAUUACAUUUACUAUUUUGCCACUCCUCUCACCUUCACCUUCUCUAUGAAUGUGCAUAUUUAUAUCACCCCCUUAAUUCCUCGCUUGCAUCCAACCACCGCCACACACACACACUCGUUUUCUUUUCUCCUUCUCCAUUCUCCAAGAGACACUUCUUCUUUCUUUCAUAUAUUUUUUCUAGUCAAGUAAUGCUGAGGAAAUGGAAACAGCUGCGACAACACACACCGCUUGCUCUGUAGUGGAGAAGAAGAAAUGUUGAUGCCUUCCUCAUUGCUCUGUGUUUCUCUUUUUGAAGGUGAGGGUUUGCAUUGUUUCUAGUGGAUUCUGGUCAUAUGAGUGUGACAACAUUAAUCAUUUCUCUUCCCAUAAGAGUUAGCUUCUUCUAGAAUCACUUCAUACAGUUAGACGGCGAUGGAUGGGCGGCGGCAUUCUGUUGACAUUCCCAUUUCUAAAACUCUUGUAGCACUGAGGAGGGUCAGGUCAUUGAGGGAUCCAUCAACUAAUUCUAUAUGCAAACGCUCUUCUUUGAUUGACAAUGUGCAGUGGGAGAAUGGUUCGGGUAAUGGGAUUUCUCUAUUGUUUCCGGAGGCUAGUAGGGAAUGUGAUUCUGAUGAUAAUGUUGAUUUCACAUCAAGGAAUUUAGGUUUUAAGGGACAAAGAGUGCAGGAUGCUACUGAUUUUAAAUUGGACUGUGGCUUGUUAGGUUCAAGGCUGAAACCUAGUGGGAUGUCAUUUCAGGACAGCCAACACAACGACGAUGAGCUAGUUUACUCUAAUCCAAAUAGGCAAUGCAGUUCAGGAAAUAAAUCAUCAAGUGAAAGCUGUGAUAGCAACCAUGGGGGUGAGGGAUUAGAUUUGGCUAGUAUUGAGCCUCAUAGUAAUAAUUUCAGGGAUGGGGAAUCAUGCUUUAUAGCUACUGCCAAAUCAUCUCAAUUAGGGAGAAUAGAUCACUCUAGGUCAGACAAAAAAUCUCUACGUGCGAAUCAAGUAAGACCAGCACAAGUAGAGGGUGGUAUUGUUAACCAUGUAGGCAAUCCUUGUCUUUCUGUUCAUGAUGAUUUCUCACCACACAGCACUUCAGUAGAUAUCAAUCAAGAUUUUGAUGUUCUUGAUAAUAAUGAUAAUGGAUGUGGAAUAAGCUUUUGUUGGUCAAAAUCACCGAGGUUUAGAGAAUCAAAUCUUUACUCUAAGAUAGAAGACCGUCCCUUGAUAUUGCACCAAGUUGAUGACACUGAUCUUCAUGGAGAUAGAAACAUGAGACACGACGGUGGUGACAUUAGUCCAACUUUGGAAACUCCUAGAAGUUUAUCUAUGAAAUUCAGGCCUAAUUCAUUUAGUGAUCUGGUGGGACAGAAUGUGGUAGUGAGAUCUCUUUUAGGCGCCAUCUCAAGAGGAAUGAUAGCAUCAUUUUAUCUGUUCCAUGGUCCACGUGGUACAGGCAAGACAUCUGCUUCUAGGAUAUUUGCUGCAGCACUGAAUUGCCUCUCUGUUGAGGGGCAAAAACCAUGUGGCCUGUGUAGAGAGUGUGUUCUGUUCUUUUCUGGAAGAAGUAAAGAGGUUAAGGAAGUGGAUUCUGUGAGAAUCAAUCGCACAGACCAGGUUAAAUCCCUCGUUAAGAAUGCAUGUAUCCCUCCCAUUUCCUCACGAUUUAAGGUUUUCAUUAUUGAUGAGUGCCAGUUACUGAAGGCUGAGACAUGGGCGAGCCUUUCGAAUAACCUAGAGAACCUUUCUGAGCAUGUGGUUUUUGUUAUGAUCACUCCUGAUUUAGAUAAACUUCCUCGAAGUGCAGUUUCCCGGGCUCAGACCUAUCACUUUCCGAAGGUUAAAGAUGCUGACAUUGCAUGCAGAUUAGAAAAGAUUUGUGUUGAAGAAGGUCUUGAUUUUGAUCAGGCUGCUUUAGACUUCAUUGCUGCAAAAUCCUGUGGUUCUGUUAGGGAUGCAGAAAUGAUGCUUGAUCAGCUGAGUUUGCUUGGUAAAAAGAUUAAACUUUCAUUAGUUCAUGAGCUUACUGGGAUUGUUUCUGAUGAUGAAUUGCUCAAUUUGCUGGAUCUGGCUUUGUCAUCUGACACUUCAAAUACAGUUAUAAGAGCUCGAGAGCUGAUGAGAUCCAGGAUAGGUCCUUUGCAACUUGUAUCACAGCUGGCAAAUCUCAUUAUGGACAUCCUUGCAGGGAAAUGUGUAGAUGGUGGUUCUGAGGUCAGAAGUAAAUUUUCUGGUAGAUAUACCUCGGAAGCCGACCUUCAGAAAUUAAGCCGGGCAGUGAGAAUACUUUCUGAAGCUGAGAAACAGUUAAGAAUUUCAAAAAACCAAACAACGUGGUUAACUGUAGCUCUACUGCAGUUAAGCUCUGUAGAUUAUCCUUCCGUGGAUGUAAAUGAUACAAAGUUGUGUUUGAGAGAGCAGAGCAUGGAGCAUCUUGCUACAGGUCAGUGUGGCGACAAGUCAUAUAGAUUAGGAGUGCAGGAGGAUCACAAAGGAACAUUGGAUGCCAUAUGGUAUAAAGCUACUGAGAUAUGUCAAUCUGGUCAGCUCAAAACUUUUCUCAGGAAGAAGGGGAAGUUGUCUUCACUUCAUGUAGAUCGCAGUACAUCAUGGCUUGCUAUCGCCGAGUUGGAGUUCCGCCAUCGGCACCAUGUAUCCAAGGCUGAGAAGUCAUGGAAAUUGAUUGCAAGUUCGUUGCAGUUCAUAUUGGGUUGUAACAUUGAGCUGAGGAUCACUUAUGAACCCCGUGCUUCUGAUUCCAAGUAUGCCAAACUGAAGAGGUCAUCUUUCAGUAUCUUUAGCUGUUCACGCAGAGCACAACAGAAAUCAUUAUCGUCUAAUGGAAGCGAAUCAGAUUAUGCUGAUCACGUCUCUCAAAAUCCCAUGAUAAAGGAUAAAACUCUAACUUCCUCUGAUUACCAUGGAAUGGAUGUUGUAACAACUUUGAGAAGCUGCAAAGGGAACUUGCUGAGCUCAGGAGAAAGAUUUUUGAAUAGGUCUUUCCAAGAGAAUAUGGGGACAUCAUGUUCUGAAGUUGAUUCCUCUAAGGAAAAAGGAAACAGAUGUGCACAUUUAGUUCCAUCAGUCCUUGAGUCAGAUUAUCAGUCCAACUGUUUUCCUCAAAAUCUCUGGCUUCAAAAGAAGUUCCGUUCUUCAUAUUCAUCCAAGUCAACUUUGCAGGGUAUCUAACAACAGGAAGAUUUUGCUUUGUCUGUGCCGAACUGAACUGUACAUGUUCUGAGACACACCUACACUUAUGAACCCAGCAUUUUCUCCAGUAGCUCUAAAAACUGCAUCAAAGCCAUUGAGAAAAAAAGUAGGUUGACUAGUUUUUCUUCUUUGUAAGCUUACAUUGUUAAAAUUAUUGUGACUGCAGUUAUAGUAAUAACCUAGUAUAGUUGGGUAGAAUCAACUCAAUUUACAUUCAUGUGAUGCGCUUGAUUAAAAAACAUGAAAAUUUGAUUCAACAUAUUGAAAAUA